UGGCGCUCUCAGUUUGAGAUUCAACAGUGUCAAUCGAUUAUUCUCACAGCGUAAUAACCAGCGAUUAAAACUUUAUCCAGUAGCCAGUAGUUUUUUUUCGCCUUGGUGCCAAUAUAACAUCAACAACUGCUGCGUUUGGAAACCAGUUGCUUUGUUGCCAACAUGCAUGUGAUUAAGAGAGACGGACGCCAGGAGGGAGUUACCUUUGAUAAAAUUACAUCUCGCAUCCAGAAGCUUUGCUAUGGACUCAAUUCUGACUUUGUGGACCCUGCUCAGAUUACAAUGAAGGUGAUCCAGGGUCUGUACAGUGGGGUCACCACGGUGGAGCUGGACACCCUGGCAGCCGAGACUGCAGCCACCCUCACCACUAAACAUCCUGACUAUGCACUCCUGGCUGCACGAAUCGCUGUUUCUAACCUGCACAAAGAGACCAAGAAAGUAUUCAGUGACGUGAUGGAAGACCUGUACAACUAUGUCAACCCGUUAAAUAAACAUCACUCCCCAAUGAUCUCCAAGGAGCUGCUCGACAUUGUCAUGGAAAACAAGGCUCGCCUCAACUCUGCCAUCAUUUAUGACAGGGACUUUUCUUACAACUUCUUUGGCUUUAAGACUCUUGAGCGGUCAUAUUUGUUGAAGAUUAAUGGAAAGGUUGCUGAGAGGCCCCAGCACAUGCUAAUGCGAGUGGCAGUCGGGAUUCAUGAAAGAGACAUUGAUGCAGCCAUUGAGACCUACAACCUGCUGUCAGAGAAGUGGUUCACCCAUGCCUCACCUACUCUGUUCAAUGCUGGCACCAACAAGGCACAGCUGUCCAGUUGUUUCUUGUUAUCCAUGAAGGACGACAGCAUCGAUGGUAUUUACGACACACUGAAGCAGUGUGCUCUCAUCUCCAAAUCAGCUGGUGGAAUUGGACUGGCAAUUAGCUGCAUCAGAGCAACAGGGAGCUAUAUUGCUGGGACUAAUGGUACUUCCAAUGGGCUGGUUCCUAUGCUUCGAGUGUACAACAACACAGCGCGCUAUGUUGACCAGGGUGGCAACAAGAGACCCGGGGCGUUUGCGGUGUACCUGGAGCCAUGGCAUUCUGAUGUGUUUGACUUCUUAGAGUUGAAGAAAAACACAGGUAAAGAGGAGCAGAGGGCCAGAGACCUGUUCUUUGCCUUGUGGAUCCCAGACCUCUUUAUGAAGCGAGUGGAAAGCAAUCAGGACUGGUCUUUAAUGUGUCCCAAUGAAUGUCCCGGAUUAGAUGAGUGCUGGGGAGAGGAGUUUGAGGAGCUCUACACUCGAUAUGAGAAGGAGGGCAGGGCAAGACGUGUGGUGAAGGCUCAGCAGUUGUGGCAUGCCAUCAUUGAGUCUCAAACAGAAACCGGUACACCAUACAUGCUCUACAAGGAUGCCUGUAACAGGAAGAGCAACCAACAGAAUCUGGGCACCAUCAAAUCCAGCAAUCUGUGCACAGAGAUCGUAGAGUACACAAGCAAAGAUGAGGUUGCUGUGUGUAACCUGGCAUCUAUUGCUCUCAACAUGUAUGUGACUCCAGAAAAGAGUUUUGACUUCAAAAAGCUUGCAUCUGUCACCAAAGUUAUUGUCAAGAACCUGAACAAGAUUAUUGACAUCAACUACUACCCAGUGCCUGAGGCUGAAAGGUCGAACAUGCGCAAUAGGCCAAUUGGAAUUGGAGUGCAGGGUCUGGCCGAUGCCUUCAUCCUUAUGCGUUACCCAUUUGAAAGCUCAGAUGCCCAGUUGCUCAACAUUCAGAUCUUUGAGACCAUCUACCACGCUGCCCUGGAGGCCAGCUGUGAGCUGGCUGCUGAGUUCGGCCCUUAUGAAACCUACUCUGGCUCUCCUGUCAGCAAGGGGAUCCUUCAGUAUGACAUGUGGGGUAAAACCCCAACAGAUUUGUGGGACUGGAAAGCACUGAAGGAGAAAAUUGCCAAGCAUGGUGUGAGGAACAGUCUGCUCUUGGCGCCUAUGCCCACAGCUUCCACUGCCCAGAUCCUGGGCAACAACGAGUCCAUUGAGGCCUACACCAGUAAUAUCUACACCCGGAGAGUCCUCUCAGGAGAGUUUCAGAUUGUGAAUCCUCAUCUGCUGAAGGACCUCACGGAAAGAGGACUCUGGAGUGACAAAAUGAAGAAUCAGCUGAUUGCUCAGAAUGGGUCCAUACAGGAUAUUGAGGAGAUUCCUGAUGAUCUGAAGCAGCUUUAUAAAACCGUGUGGGAAAUCUCGCAGAAGACUGUCCUCAAGAUGGCAGCCGAUCGUGGCGCCUACAUUGACCAGAGUCAGUCCCUGAACAUCCAUAUUGCUGAACCGAACUAUGGCAAACUGACCAGCAUGCACUUCUAUGGUUGGAAACUGGGCCUGAAAACUGGAAUGUACUACCUGCGGACGAAGCCUGCUGCUAAUCCCAUUCAGUUCACCCUGAACAAGGAGAAAUUAAAGGAGGCCCAAUCAACCAAGAGUGCAGAAGAGACCAAAGAACAGAACACUGCUGCCAUGGUCUGUUCCUUAGCAAACAAAGAUGAGUGCCUGAUGUGUGGCUCCUAAGUGAAGUGUGGUUCAUUCGGGCAAACACACUUCCCCCAUUAAAUGUAUAUUUUUGGAAACACCUGGUUCUUUUUAUUCAAGUACAAUGAUGUUUUGAAUAACUGCCGCUGUCAUCAUGUCACACAUUUUUGCAUUUUUAUUUAAUAUUUGCUGCAUUUUUAUCAUGAAAUGAAAAGUGUUGUAUGCAUGAUUGUAUAGAAUUAAUAGGGUAUAAGAAAGCAAUAUUUAGUUUUUUUUAUCAAUACAGUUUUGUAAUGUGUGGGUCAUUCAUGAACUGUUUGCAUUUUAGAUGUGCUGAAAAUUAAACUUGUUAUACAAUAGUUUUAA